AUGAAGCUUCACUCCCAAGGACAUGAUGGAAUGCAGCACAUAACACCUCACGAAUGGGGAUCCACAUUGCGGGUUCGUUCCUUCCACGUGGAAUUUCCAGAAGAUGAGGAAACACCUGUCACACACACGCUGUCUUUCCAAAGGGACUUCGUGAGAAGAGAUGGAGGACUUAACCUUGAACACCGUUUCCGACGGUCUGGUGGCUAUGUUGAAUUUCUCAUUAACGACAGGUUUCACGCAAUUCUUGCCCUUCGAUGGCUGCCGCUGGUUGCCCUCGUCUUCAUCACGGUGGUCAUGUGCGCUGCAGUUCUUUCGUUGAUUUUGUUUCUUGCCACUGGAGCAAACGCAAAUGAGUGCCUUGGAAGUUCGAAUUCAAACUGGGAUUACUUCUUCUUUGUUGUCGAAACGAUGUUCGCAAUCGGCUAUGGAAGUCCCAGCUUCAUGGUGACCCCGAUAGUGGUCACGGGUGUGCUGCUCAAUUCACUCAUUCUGGGGCUUGUGUUCCAGAAGUUUUCUUCCGCAGCAAGGAGGAAAUGGGCCUUAGCGUUUACGCAGAGACUUGUCGUCUCCAGCGGAUUCGUCGUCAACGGAAGCAAUUCGCCGGCAUCAACACACCAGCGUACAGUGUCGGGGAGCUCCAUGCACUACCCGUCGGGGGCUCCCAGUGCUCCGUUGCACGAGCCACUGCUCGUAGGCAUACGUGAAGACGAGUCUUCUUCGCCAAACGCGAGUGAUCACGCAUCACAGAGCAGCGAGGACAAAGACAUGCAUCAGUGCCAAGGAAACAUCCCCAGUCAUACGUACUUGGCUCGCCCGUCCAGUGAUUCAGUGCUUAUUAAAAGCAACGAAGACGCUCCUAAAUGUGAGUCGAGGGAGGGCCUACGGAUAUCAUUUCGCAUGUUGAACAUUACGGAGACCUCGUUUUUCAACACGAAGCUCGCGCUAUUCUUUUUGGUGCACCGCCGGGGAGGGCUUUCAAUUCGUCAAUUCUCCAUGUUCCACACCGACACCCCAUUGGAGUUCAUGGCGUUGCCAAUUACUGUCACAGUCGAUCAGCGUGACGUUGGAAGUCCUCUAAGAGAUAUUACGGAGGCGGAUCUGCGUAACCAUGGAGAAUGCUACGAGCUUCUUGCUCUGCUCUCCUUCACUGAUAACAGGACGUCCCGUACUGUUGAAGUCAGCCGAAGCUGGCGGCUCAACACAGCGGUUUGGGACGAGAAUUUUGUCCCCAUCGUGCGCCAGUCUGGACCAGGCUCUUCGCUGCGAGUUCACAAGCGAAGAUUCCUGGAAGCUGUGACUAUUUUUUACACAUCUCUAAAGUUAAACGACGACCUCAAUUUGGUUGUGGUUAUUACCCGCAGGAGCAUUCGAAAUCGACGUCGACAACCUGAGCACUACUCGGGUCUACAGCUCUCAAGAAAGAACCACCAGACGCCAGCAAUACGCCGCAGGUUCUUCGGCAGUACUUCCAGGUGUGGGAGGCUUGCCCUUCUCCAGCACAAACCGUGCGAGCUCCUAUCGGCGGACGGAGCGGUGUCUGGUGAAGUGCAGUUGGACCUGCAACUGUGA